GGCGAAGAUGGCUUAGUUAAAACUCAAGCUACAUCAGUAUAUUCCCUCGCAUGGAAUGCUAACUCAUCUCAAAUUGUUUAUGCUUCUGGACAAUAUUUAAUCAUUCAAUCUCUUCAAGCUAGCAUUAAAGCACUUUCGUGGAAGGCACACGAGGGGGUCAUCCUGAAGCUAGAUUGGAAUCCAAUUAACGAGCUAAUACUUUCUGGUGCAGAAGAUGGCAAAUAUAAGAUAUGGGAUGGCUUUGGCAGGCAACUAUACUCAAGUUCGCCCUGUAACUUUCCAAUAACUAGUGUUGCUUGGUCUCCGGAUGGACUGCUUUUUGCAAUAGGAAGUUACAAUAUGCUCCGAUUGUGUGAUCAACAAGGGUGGACAUAUUCGAUAGACAGACCGUCCUCAGGAAGUAUUCUAAAUCUAGCAUGGUCAUGCGAUGGGACUCAAAUCGUUGGUGCGGGGGCAGCGGGUCAUGUGGUUCUUGCUCAAGUUAUAGAUAGAUGCAUGGAAUAUGAUGUAUUUCAAGUUACACUUCGGGAUGAACACUCUUUGAGUGUGUACAAUGCUCAGAAUGGGGCAAUCGAAAAUUUAGAACUGCGUGACAGAGUUAUCAAGAUUUCAUUCUGCUUUGAUUACUUAAUUGUUCUAACAGCUACACAAUGCCACAUAUACAAUACUGCAUCACCUUAG